GAACAAAUGACUUCUCUUCAUCUACUAGUAUGUUUGAACAAGAAGGUCAUACACAUACAGGUACUGUUGUUACAAGAUCAGUAUCAUCGCCUUUUCUUGCUUCUAGAUCUAGAGGAGGAGGACAAGAAGGAGUAGAUGACAGUCGUGGAGGACAAGGACUUCAAGUGGGAGGAAGUAGCGCGAGCUCAGCGGAUAGACACCGUCCCACAGCUCGUGCUGUUGAGCGUG